AUUUAAAAAUAGCCGUAGGGCUUACGAAGAAGUAGCACUGUAGCAGCACGAUUUGUUUAAAAAUAUGUCCGGUUUGAGUUUGGAAACAGCUUAACCGGAGUUAAGCCCAACAAAACCUCCGGAGUCCGACCUCGGAGGACUGGUAAAUUGAUGCUGCCCUGGCCGUUUUAGAUUUUAGAACCUGUCCCAUGAAACGCGAAGUUGCCAAGCUUAUCACGGAUGGCUCCUACAGAGCAGCACUUUCCUUGUAUUCCCAAUGCCACUCGGCCUCGCUCCCUCCUAACAAAUUCACCUUUCCUCCUCUCCUCAAAGCCUGUGCCAAACUCGGGUCAGCUCUACAAGGGCAGAUGAUCCAUACCCAUCUCAUCAAAAUGGGUUUUCUUUCCGACGUCUAUGCAGCCACUUCUCUCACCGACAUGUACAUGAAACUGUAUCUAUUACAAGAUGCACUCCAGGUUUUCGAUGAAAUGCCUGAAAGAAACUUGGUUUCAUUGAAUUCCUUAAUUUCGGGGUUUUCACAAAAUGGGUAUCGCAGAGAAGCAUUCUCGGUGUUUAAACAGGUGGGGUUUGGAACGUGCAGGCCGAAUUCAGGAACUAUAGCUAGUUUAAUGUCGGCGUGUGAAAGCGUUGGACGUGGCAUGGAAAUACAUUGCUGGGCGAUAAAAUUGGGAGUCGAGACGGAUGUUUUUGUUGCAACCUCGAUUGUGACAAUGUAUUCAAAUUAUGAAGAUUUGGUUUCAGCUUCAAAGGUGUUUGAGGGGUUACCUAAUAAGAGUGUAGUUAGCUAUAAUGCUUUCAUUUCGGGACUUUUGCAGAAUGGGGUUCCACAUACGGCUUUGGACAUGUUUAAGGAUAUGAGGGGAUGUUCAGUCGAACAGCCAAACUUGGUUACUUUUAUUUUGGUUCUUUCUGCAUGUGCUAGUCUUCUGUAUCUUCGAUUCGGUAGGCAAGUGCAUGGACUCAUAAUGAAAACUGAAACAGAAUUUGAUGCUAAGCCGGCAACGGCGCUGGUGGACUUUUACUCCAAAUGUGGCUGUUGGCAAAUGGCAUUUGAUGCUUUCAAAGAGCUUGAUGGAAGCAGAAACUUAAUAACAUGGAAUUCCAUGAUUGCCGGCAUGAUGUUGAAUGCUCAGAGUGAGAACGCUGUUGAGUUAUUUGAACAGUUAGAAUCUGAAGGGCUGGUACCUGAUUCAGCAACUUGGAAUUCAUUGAUAAGCGGGUUUUCACAACUGGGGAAGGGGAUUGAAGCCAUUAAUUGCUUCAAGAGAAUGAUAUCUGCUGGCGUAGUCCCAAGUUUAAAAUCUAUCACAAGUCUUUUACCGUCUUGUUCAGAUCUGUCUGCUCUGCAGUGUGGAAAAGAGAUUCAUGGGCACUCGAUUAGAACCAAUAUCAGUACUGACGAGUUCAUUGCCACUGCACUUAUUGAUAUUUACAUGAAAUGUGGUCAUUAUUUGUUGGCACAAAGGAUUUUCGAUCAGUUUGAUAGAAAACCUGAUGACCCUGCGUUUUGGAAUGCUAUGAUAUCUGGCUACGGAAUAAAUGGGCAGGAUGAAUCUGCGUUUAGGAUAUUUGACCAGAUGGUUGAAGAAAAAGUACAACCAAGUACGGCAACGUUUACUAGCGUAUUAUCUGUCUGUGGCCACACUGGCCAGGUUGAAAAGGCUUGGGAACUUUUAAGGAAGAUGAAUAUAGAUUAUGGUUUGGAACCAAAACCAGAACACAUUGGUUGCAUGGUGGACCUUUUGGGUCGAUCUGGUCGAUUGGAUGAAGCUCAAGAAUUAAUACAAGAACUACCACAGCCUUCUGCAUCUGUUUUUGCUUCUUUACUUGGUGCUUGUAAAUGUCAUUUAGAUUCAAAAGUGGGGGAAGAAAUGGCAAUAAAUCUGUCAGAAUUGGAGCCAGAAAAUCCGUCUCCUUUCGUGAUCUUGUCUAAUAUAUAUGCCACAUGUGGAAGGUGGAGGGAUGUGGAAAGGAUUAGGGGGAUAAUGAGCGACAAAGGUUUGAGAAAGCACCCUGGCUUUAGCUUAAUAGGAAAAACAUGAAAAGUACAUACACAGUAUUGAUUGACGAUUGUAAGCAGUUCCCUGGUUCCAAAAGAUCUGUUUACAUUUCUCCACAUCCAUACAUUUUAAGGAUGUGGAAAGGAUUAGGGGGAUAAUGAGCGACAAAGGUUUGAGAAAGUACCCUGGCUUUAGCUUAAUAGGAAAAACAUGAAAAGUACAUACACAGUAUUGAUUGACGAUCGUAAGCCAUUCCCUGGUCCCAAAAGAUCUGUUUACAUUUCUCCACAUCCAUACAUUUUAAGGAUUCCCACACCAGAAGCAUUACCGUUUCAACAUUUCAUUCACUGCAAACCAAAGUGGUUAUCAAAAUGGCUGAGGGGUUCAUAACUGGAGCAAGAAAUCACGUCUCUGAAUGUCAUGAUGACGCCAACAACUAUAUUAUCCUCUCCCGCUUCCACAUAAAUCAGGUGAACUGAUUUGGAGGCAAGACUGCAUCACAAUACGAAGUGUUGAAUGAGUUUGCAUGUAAUUGUUGGGACGACUUCUCUGGUUUCUUGGGAGGCAAUAAUAUGCAUAGAGUCCAUCAGAGUCAGCUUUGCAAAUUGAAUGCAGUGGAGAGCUCGCCGGUGCACACGAAGAUUUAAAGCUGUCUAUAUAACCUACCUAAAAUAUUGGAGAAAAGCUCAGAUUUCAGCUGCAAGUAUCUGACAUACUCCAUCGUUAUGCUCCCGACUAUCUUCUUCUUUGGUCCUUCAACUACCGGAAGACCCACCAAUUUGGUUCUCUUUCAUUCUCUUUGAUUUGGGCUAGAAGAAUACUCAAGUAACAGCAAAAAUCAUAUCUCAGCAGAAGGCAUGUAAGGAAGCCAAAAUCAGAAAUAGGCUGGCUCAUGCAGCAGUCCUGCCAAACCAUACAAUCCUCGAGACCUUGAAGGACUGCUGAUUGAGUAAUGAAGUUCUUGAUGUUCGUCUUGCCAGGUUGAAUUAGUGCUUGUUUGAAUGUUGAGAAGAGGAAAAAAUUUUGAGAAUUUUUAGAAAAAAGUUUGAAGUUUUAUGAGUUUUUUAGGGGAAGUUGUGGAUCCCACUGAACAAGAUGUGUUUGGAUAGCGCAAUACUUUGCGAGAAAUAUAAUGAAAAAAAAAUCUUGUUAUUUAAUUUAAUUUUUUUUAAGAGAGAAAUUUGUCGAUAUAAAGGGAUCCGGAUCGACACUUAUGCAUCA